UUAUUAUUUUUUUUUUUACCAAUUAUAUGUAAUAAAUUUCCGUAUAAGGUUUCCGAAGUUAUAAGGUCCAAAUUGUUUCUCUCUCUUUCCCUUCUUUCCCUUUACCAGAGCUGGUAAGUGAUUCUAUACCUUAUCAUCUUGUGACAAGUCCCAGGACUCUUUGCAGAAUGUCUAUGAAGAUAUCAUGGAAAGAGCAUUUGAAAGGCAGAAUUGUCAGGAGACCUGAGUUCUAGUUCUGGCUUUGCCACAAAAAUACCCGAGUAACAUAGGGUAAAUCAUUUAAUCUCUCAUAGUUCAAGUUUUCUUAUUUUAUAGAUUAAGAUAAAUAAUUCUUGCCCUACCUACUUAAUAGCAAUGUGGAAAGAAAAUGAGGAUGUAUGUGAAAAGAAUUUGGAGGAAAAAGUAUAAAUCCAUACAGAGAUGUAAAGGUGAGGCCUCAGUAGUUAUUAGCUUAUUUAUUGUUGAUGGUGUUAUGCAUUAAUCUCUGAAAACUCUUCUCUGUAGACCUUAAUAUUUUAGAUAGUUAUUUAGAGCCUUUCUGGGGAUUUUUGGUAGCAUUCGUUAGGGAGAUUGCUUUACUAAAAGUGAAUUGAAGGCUGUCUAUUUGAAAAUGUGACUUUUAUGUGAAAAUUGGCAAGUAACCUCUCCUCUCAAAUGAAAAGAAUCUGGAGUCAGGUUUUAGGAAAUGAGGCCAUUUUAAAGUAUUUUUAUUAAGUUAAAAAUAUGUACAGAAAAAUGUGGCUUAACAGGCCCACUGUGCUUUCACUCCUAAGAUCAGAAGCACACUAGUUACAGGUUCAUGGGUCACUAAUGCCUAUGGGCAAGUUUGGAGAGCUCUGGAAGAUAAUUUGGGUUCUGAUAAGGGACCUUUGCAAAGGAAAACAGAACUAACUGGUGUUUUGUGAGUUGCCCUUCGGUCAGAAGAUGGUUUUCAUCCACAGUGGUAUGUGGUUCUCUCAACUCAAAAUCUGACUCCUUGAGUAUCUCUAAUCUCCCCUGUUAUAUCUCUGAUGGAAUAAUUUGUUCUUAUUGUUAAUUGUUUUGGUUGUGUCUGACUUUGUGACCCCAUCUGGUUUUCUUGGCAAAGAUCCUGCCAAAUUUCCUUCUUCAGCUCAUUUAUACAUAUAUGGAAACUAAGACCAACAAAGUCAAGUGACUUGUCCAGGAUAGCAAAACUAUUAAAUGUCUGAGGCCAAAUUUGAACCCUGGAAGAUGAGUUUUCUCUGCUCAAAAUCCAGCAUUCUCUCCACUGUGCCACCUGGCUGUUCCAUAAUGGUUUUGUUAAUGUAAAGAAAUUUAAAGGUAAAACCUCCAAAACUAGGGUGGAACAGAGAAAAGGAAAUACUAUUUAAUUACUUCAUGUGGUAUAAAUUCUGAGCAGUAGCAUAUAUGUCUGAGGACCAGUCUAGCUUAAUUCAGGGAGGUUGAUCACCACCUUGGCCAUACAAGGGGGUAGAUUUUUCAGGCAACAGAAGACCAUCUUUGAAGGCACAGAAGGGCUUUAGUUUGCAUCUGUGGGAGAAGUAUCCUCCUGGACAAAAGUCUCACACCCUUGAAGUAGAGGGAUGGGGUGGGGGUGGGGGUAAUUUGUGAUGGUCUUAACCCAUGUAGAGGUCAUUUUGAGGGGGAUGGAAGGAGGUAGGAAGCUGGCUGCCUCCAUCUUGACUGUCUUUUUUUUCCCCUUGGGAUGCCUGCAUGGGACUCCGUUCCCUGCUCAUUUUAUCAAAAUGGGUGAUGAAAUGCAAUCCCAGGAUAUCUUAACACUGGUAACUUUCACUUUACAUUGAAAAAAUUUUUAAUGGGGGGCUGUAUUGCUACUUUAAGACUCAUAAGAAAGGAAAAACAAAACAAAACAACAACAAAAAAAACCACCUGGAACUCAGGUGUCCUGAGAGAAUUUCUAAAUGAGAUAGAUGCCAAAGACCUACUCUAAGGAGAAUAUGUUUAUGAGGCUUAGCCUUUUCGAUUAGGUGAUGAAAAAUCUUUAGGUCCAUCUUAUUCUUAGGAGCCAGUAGAAGCUAAUUCAUAUAAGCUGUUGUCAAUGUGAGAGCAUACUGGCACGACGGACUGUACUGAAUCAGCUGAAUUUCAUCAAGUCUACUGUUUCAGACAGAAAGACAAGGAGGGCAUGGUAGUAGGGCAUAGUCGUUUUCUUCUCCGUAAUAUUAUUUUUUUGAAAAGAGAUUAUGAAUGAACAAUUCUAGAUAUCACUAGCUUACCUUUAAUUGUAGGGAGACCGUAUUGGCUCAUUUAUGAAUUAUGAUUCCAUAAUUAUGAGACUCAUUAGAAUGAUAAGAAUAAUAAGGUAUUGGGACCACAGUGUUUAUCAAGCAGUAGCAUCUGCUGUGCCUAGUACUGGACCAGAUGUAGGUUUUUGCUGAUUGCUUUGGACUUGAGAGGAGCGCCUGGCUGUCCACCUACGAGGCUUGAUUUAUCAGAUAGUCUGCCAUAAUCUUGACUUUUCUUUCCAGUGGUGUUAAUGGGUCGCUCUGAGACAUCUUUCCUUACUCUGACAUGGUUUCCAUCUUGCCAGAUGUAUAUUUGCCAAGUAAGCCAUUUGUGGCUGGCAAGGAUUUAGGUAAGCGCUAUGUUGGCCAUUAGAUCCAUCAUCCCCUCUCUUUAGCAGUGGUGUUCCAUUUUAGAGCUCCUGUCCUAUGUCACCAACUGCCUGUUAGACAUUUUGAACUGGACGUCCCAAAGGCUUCUCAAACUCAGUGUCCGAAGCAGACCUUGUUGAUUCUCCCCCUCCCCAAAGCCACCUCUUUUCGAACUUGCCAUUUCUGUUGAAGGCAGCCCAAUCCUUCCAGCCACUCACAGGCUUACAACCUCAUUGUCAUCCUUGAUUCAUCACUCACACUCAGUUCCUGUAUUCAGUCAGUUGUCACAAUUUGUCUUUUCUCCCUCCCCUCCUUUUUCCUCUUUGGAUAAUCACUUACCCCAGUUCAGAUCCUCAUCACAUUUUACCUGGACUUCUGUUUCAAACGUCUGCUCUCCCCUCUUUGCCUUUCACAUAACUGCCAGGUCUCCCCGGGCUACUCCCCCGUUUAGUGUCUUGCUAUCACCCCUAGGAUCCACUCUAAAACUCCCCUGGCCCUGGAAACUUGCUAACCUACCCCCUUGCUACAGUCCAGGCAUCUCAGUCAUUUUGUGGUUCCAUAUACAUAACACUUGUUAUUCCUCUCUGUACCUUUAUCCUGGAUAGUUGCCUUCCUGGACUAUAUUCUUUCCUUUCAGCAUCCUCCAUUUCCUUUAAGACUCAGCUCAAGCCUGUUAGAGCCUUCCUCUUUACCUCCAAACAAUUAUUUUGUAAUUAUUUCUGUCUAUUUUGUAUCGACUCAUGUGUUUAUAGCUUGUUUCCCUCUUCUUGAGGACAAGGACUGUUUCACUUUUGAUCUUUGUAUCUCUUGUGUUUUGCUUAGAACCUGGCAUGUAGUAGGUGCUUAAUGAGAUACUUGUUGAUUGGAGGGACAGCCUGGUAUAUAUCUAUAUAUCAGAAAGAUCAACAGACUGGAAGCACCUAGGUCUAAACCCUGGCUCUUACUAGUUUUGUGACUUGGAGCUCGGUAGACCUCAGCUUCCUCAUCUCUAAAAUGGGGAUAAUCAUACGCAGGGCUUUGAGGAAAGCACUUUAUAAAUUGGACCUUACCAUAUAAAUAAAGAGAGGUUUAAGGUGUACCUUGGUGAGAGAGUUACUUGUAUCUGCUAGACAAGUAGUUCAAGAUUCUGGCUUCAACCCUGGUUGCUACUGAACUUGUUAGAUGAAAAAAACAAAGAUUUCCUUAGCUUUAUCUAGCUGGGAUACCUUGUGAAACAGAGGACUUCCAAUAGGCCACUCUAGGGCGAUAAGAGGUUUCUGAGUCAGUGAGUGUCAGGAAUCGUGACUUGUGGGAAAAUGAGGGCUGUAUAAUGGAAUAUAAUGUUCUCUGUAGCCUGCAGAUCUGAGCAAACUCCCACCUUCCUUGGCUGUUUUUGGGAAGUUUGGUCUUGCCUGAACCUAACCCUCCAUGAGGAAAUAUCAGCAGCUCCUUAUCAGUAUUGAGUCAUUUGGGAACUUUGUAAUAAUAUCAAGAAGACCUUGAAAAAUUCUCCUGGAAGCCAUUGCUUAAACAAUCCUUUGUUCACUCAGUUCAUUGGUGGCUCGUUUGAAAGGUCUCUGACAGAGUCCAGAGGAAGACAAGACCUUUGGGAGGCCCUGGGUGUGGCUAGGAAGUUGGGUCUCGUGGCCUGUGAGUUUUCUUCUAAUGGAAUUUCCCAUCACUUACUGCCCUGCUGAUUUCUGAUCAAUGAAAAUGAAAUUGCAUCACCUCCUCAGAGGCUCCACGUAUGCCUGCUGCUUCCAGCUGUGUCAGUUCCGGUCCGAACCGUACUGGGUGCAAUGAAAGCUCCAUGCAGGCCUUACCAUGGAAGGCUGUGACUCGCCUGUCAUCCCUGGGAAGGACAAUGGGUGUAGUAUCCCUCAGCACCAGCAAUGGACUGAACUCAACAGCACCCACCUUCCUGACAAACCCAGUAGUAUGGAGCAGUCCACCACAGAAAACCACGGGCCCCUAGACAGCCUGAGGGCCCCCUUCAAUGAGCGCCUCCCGGACAGCACCAACUCGGCUGGCCCCGCCGCGGAGCCCGCUAGCAAAGAGGUCAGCUGCAACGAGUGCUCGACCUCCUUUGCCAGUUUACAGACCUAUAUGGAGCACCACUGCCCUAUCGCCCGCCCCCCUCUGCCCCUGAGGGAGGAGAGCGGGAGUGACACCAGUGAGGAGGGGGAUGAGGAGAGUGAUGUGGAGAACUUGGCUGGAGAAAUAGUCUACCAGCCCGAUGGCUCGGCGUACAUUGUCGAAAGCGUCAGCCAGUUGAUCCAAAGUGGGGGAGCCUGUGGCAGCGGCAGUGGGGCUCUCCCGUCGCUCUUUCUGAACUCUCUCCCCAGUGCUGGGGGCAAGCAGGGGGAUCCCUCCUCUGCUGCGCCAGUCUACCCACAGAUCAUCAAUACUUUCCACAUAGCCUCAUCCUUCGGGAAAUGGUUUGAGGGCUCAGACCAGGCCUUCCCGAAUACCUCAGCCCUGACGGGCAUCAGCCCGGUCCUGCACAGCUUCCGUGUUUUCGACGUGCGACACAAAAGCAACAAGGAUUACCUGAACAGCGACGGUUCUGCUAAAAGCUCCUGUGUAUCCAAAGAUGUCCCCAACAAUGUGGACCUGUCCAAGUUCGACGGCUUUGUGCUCUACGGGAAGAGGAAGCCCAUCCUCAUGUGCUUCUUGUGUAAGCUCUCCUUCGGCUACGUCCGCUCCUUUGUGACCCACGCGGUGCAUGACCAUCGGAUGACCCUGAGUGAAGAAGAGCGGAAAAUUCUUAGCAAUAAGAACAUUUCCGCCAUCAUCCAAGGCAUAGGCAAAGACAAGGAACCCCUUGUCAGUUUUCUGGAACCAAAAAACAAAAACUUUCAACAUCCUUUAGUUUCUGCAGCUAACCUCAUAGGCCCGGGACACAGCUUUUAUGGGAAAUUUAGCGGCAUUCGGAUGGAAGGAGAGGAGGCGCUCCAGGGCGCUGCCACGGGGGCCGCCGCGGCCGAGCAGCCCCAGUCGGGCCUCUUGACGCCCGGGACCCUCUUGAACCUCGGCGGGCUGACCAGCUCCGCUCUGAAGACCCCGAUUACCUCAGUCCCCCUGGGCCCCCUGGCUUCCAGUCCUACCAAAUCCUCAGAGGGCAAGGACCCUGGGGGAGCAGAGGGUGAGAAGCAAGAAGCGGGGGACCAGGAUAGCCUCUCCGAGAAGGCCGAGCCUGCUGAGGACGUGGAGGAGGAGGAGGAGGAAGAGGAGGAGGAGGAUGCCGAAGAGGAAGAGGAGGAAGAGGAAGAGGAGGAGGAGGAGGAGGAGGAGGAAGAUGAGGGUUGCAAAGGACUCUUUCCAAGUGAGUUGGAGGAUGAAUUGGAGGACCGGCCCCACGAGGAGUCGGGGGCCAUGGCGGGUGGCAGCAACAAAAAUGACCUUGCUCUCUCAAACCAAAGCAUUUCUAACUCUCCCUUAAUGCCUAACAUGCUCCACACUUUGUCGAGGAGCGCAGCUUCUACUAGUUCUAAUUCCACUUCUUCCUUUGUUGUCUUUGAUGGUGCAAACAGGAGGAAUCGGUUAAGCUUUAACAGUGAGGGUGUCAGGGCCAAUGUGGCAGAGGGCAGCAAGAGGCUGGAUCUGAUGGAUGAAAGUGCCAAUAAAGACAAUGCCACAGUACCGGAACCAAAUGAAAGCGCAGAGGGCGAGGACGGGGGCUACCUGCCCCAUCACCAGCACGCUGGCGCCCUCUGCGAGCUUGGGGUGGGGGAGUGCCCGUCGGGCAGCGGCGUGGAGUGCCCCAAGUGCGACACGGUCCUGGGCUCUUCGCGCUCGCUGGGGGGGCACAUGACCAUGAUGCAUUCUCGCAAUUCGUGUAAGACGCUCAAGUGUCCCAAGUGCAAUUGGCACUACAAGUACCAGCAGACGCUCGAGGCGCACAUGAAGGAGAAGCACCCGGAGCCGGGCGGCUCGUGCGUCUACUGCAAGAGCGGGCAGCCUCACCCGCGGCUGGCGCGAGGCGAGAGCUACACGUGCGGUUACAAGCCUUUCCGCUGCGAGGUCUGUAACUACUCGACGACUACCAAAGGCAACCUCAGUAUUCAUAUGCAGUCCGACAAGCAUCUGAACAACAUGCAGAACCUGCAGAACGGAGGCGGGGAGCAAGUGUUCAGCCACAGUGCCGGGGCGGCGGCCGCGGCGGCCGCGGCGGCGGCGGCCGCUGCCAACCUGGGCAGCAGCUGCGGGGCCCCCUCCCCCACCAAACCAAAAACCAAGCCCACGUGGCGCUGCGAGGUGUGCGACUACGAGACCAAUGUGGCCAGGAACCUCCGCAUCCACAUGACCAGCGAGAAGCACAUGCACAACAUGAUGCUUCUGCAGCAGAACAUGACCCAGAUCCAACACAACCGGCACCUGGGCCUGGGCGCCCUGCCGUCCCCGGCCGAGGCAGAGCUCUACCAGUACUACCUGGCCCAGAACAUGACUCUGCCCAACCUGAAGAUGGACAGCCCGGCCUCCGAUGCCCAGUUCAUGAUGAGCGGCUUUCAGCUGGAUCCCACCAGCCCCAUGACGGCCAUGACAACUCCGGCUCUAGUGGGCGGUGAAAUACCCCUAGACAUGCGGCUGGGGGGCGGGCAGCUGGUUUCUGAGGAGCUGAUGAACCUGGGCGAGAGCUUCACGCAGACCAAUGACCCGUCCCUGAAGCUUUUCCAGUGUGCGGUGUGCAACAAAUUCACCACGGACAGCCUGGACCUGCUGGGACUGCACAUGAACAUGGAGCGCGGGCUCCCCGAGGAGGAGUGGAAGGCAGUGAUGGGGGACUCCUAUCAGUGCAAGCUCUGUCGCUAUAAUACCCAGCUCAAGGCUAAUUUUCAACUCCACUGCAAAACGGACAAGCACGUUCAGAAGUACCAGCUGGUGGCGCACAUCAAGGAAGGUGGGAAGGCCAAUGAGUGGAGAUUGAAGUGUGUGGCCAUUGGGAACCCUGUACAUUUGAAGUGCAAUGCUUGUGACUACUAUACGAACAGCCUGGAGAAACUACGGCUCCACACGGUCAAUUCAAGGCACGAAGCGAGCCUGAAGCUGUACAAGCACCUUCAGCAGCACGAGACCGGGGUAGAGGGAGAAAGCUGCUACUAUCACUGUGUCCUUUGUAACUAUUCCACCAAAGCCAAGCUUAACCUCAUCCAGCAUGUGCGCUCCAUGAAACACCAACGGAGUGAGAGCUUGCGCAAGCUGCAGAGACUCCAGAAGGGUCUUCCCGAGGAAGAAGAAGACUUGGGGCAAAUUUUCACCAUCCGCAAGUGCCCAGCCACUGAUCCAGAAGAAUCAAUUGAAGAUGCCGAAGGACCCAGUGAAUCAACUGCUGACCCAGAGGAGCUCACUAGAGAUCCAGAAAGUGGAGGUGAUAAAGACCAGGGCAAGUGGCCAGCAUCGUCCAGCCAAGCAGACAAGGAGCUCCCAGACUGUCCUGCAACCUCGAAGCGUACAUCCUUCCCGAGUAGCUCGGAACCCCCCCUCUCUUCCAAGCGACCAAAAACAUCGGAGGAAGCCAAAUCAGAGCAGAUGUUCCAAUGCCCAUACUGUAAGUACAGCAAUGCUGAUGUGAACCGACUUCGGGUGCACGCCAUGACUCAGCACUCGGUGCAGCCCAUGCUACGCUGCCCCCUCUGCCAAGACAUGCUGAAUAACAAGAUCCACCUGCAGCUGCACCUCACCCACCUCCACAGUGUGGCCCCAGACUGUGUCGAAAAGCUCAUCAUGACGGUGACGACCCCUGAAAUGAUGAUGCCCAGUAGCAUGUUCCUCCCAGCCACUGUUCCAGACCGAGAUGGGAGCUCCAACCCGGAGGAGGCAGGAAAGCAGCCUGAAACCUCAGAGGAUCUGGGGAAGAGCGUGCUGCCGGCGUCAGAGAGCGCAGAGCACAGCGGAGAGCUGAAACCCUCCCCUGCUGACCCGGGCUCGGCUCGAGAGGAAUCGGGCUUCCUCUGCUGGAAGAAGGGAUGCAACCAAGUUUUCAAAACGUCGUCAGCCCUUCAGACGCAUUUCAACGAGGUCCACGCCAAGCGGCCUCAGCUGCCCGUGUCGGACCGCCACGUGUACAAGUACCGCUGCAACCAGUGCAGCCUGGCCUUCAAGACAGUGGAGAAGCUGCAGCUCCAUUCCCAGUACCACGUCAUCCGGGCGGCCACCAUGUGCUGCCUCUGCCAACGCAGUUUUCGGACUUUCCAGGCCUUGAAGAAGCACCUCGAGACGAGCCACCUGGAGCUGAGCGAGGCGGACAUCCAGCAGCUCUACAGCGGCCUCCUGGUCAACGGGGACCUCCUGGCCAUGGGGGACCCCUCCCUGGCCGAAGAUCACACCAUCAUUGUGGAGGAAGACAAGGAAGAGGAGAGCGACCUGGAGGAUAAGCAGAGCCCCACCGGCAGCGACUCCGGGUCGGUCCAGGAGGAUUCGGGCUCGGAACCAAAGAGGGCUCUUCCUUUCAGGAAAGGCCCGAAUUUCACCAUGGAAAAGUUUCUGGAUCCUUCCCGCCCUUACAAGUGUACCGUCUGCAAGGAGUCUUUUACCCAAAAGAACAUCCUGCUGGUUCACUACAACUCCGUGUCUCAUCUGCACAAAUUAAAGCGGGCCCUGCAGGAGUCGGCCACUGGGCAGCCGGAGCCCACCAGCAGCCCGGACAACAAGCCCUUUAAGUGCAACACGUGCAACGUGGCUUACAGCCAGAGUUCCACUCUGGAGAUCCACAUGAGGUCCGUGUUGCACCAAACCAAGGCUCGGGCGGCCAAACUGGAGGCGGCGGGUGGCGGCGGAGCUAGCAACGGGACCGGGAACAGCAACAGCCUCUCCCUGGGAGCUUCGGCCCCGAGUCCGGUGAACACGAGCGGGGGUGGCAAUGCCUUCCCCACGACCAGCGCAGGCAGUGCCGGGGCAGCCCCGAGCUCCAGUCUGCUCAGCCAAGCACCGAGCGACAGCGUAGGGAUGCCGCCUCUCGGGAACCCCAUGGGCGCCAACCUCGCUUCCCCUUCCGAGCCCAAGGAAGUCAACCGGAAGAAGCUAGCGGACAUGAUCGCGUCCCGGCAGCAGCAGCAGGCGCAGCAACAGCAGCAGCAGCAGCAGCAGCAGGCGCAGACACUGGCCCAGGCCCAGGCGCAGGUCCAGGCGCACUUGCAGCAAGAGCUCCAGCAGCAGGCGGCCCUUAUCCAGUCCCAGCUCUUCAACCCCGCCCUCCUGCCUCACUUUCCCAUGACCACCGAGACCUUGCUCCAGCUUCAGCAGCAGCAGCAUCUCCUCUUCCCGUUCUACAUCCCCAGCGCCGAGUUCCAGCUCAACCCGGAUGUGAGCUUGCCGGUGACCAGCGGAGCGAGCCUCACGCUGACGGGGGCCGGCCCGACUCUGCUGGAAGACUUGAAGGCGCAAGUGCAGAUCCCCCAGCAGAGCCAUCAGCAAAUCCUGCAGCAGCAACAGCAGAGCCAGCUCUCCCUCUCCCAGGCACACACGGCCGCCCUCCUGCCACAGGGCCAGCACCCAGAGAAGAAAAACAAGGCUGUUGUCAAGGAAAAAGACAAGGAUAGUCAGAGGGAACGGGAAAAUGUGGAGCGGGGAGACGGAAACGCGGGCUCCAAGGAAUCCCAUCCAGAUGCCCUGAAGCCCAAAGACAAAAAAGACUUUGCGCCCGGAGGGGGUUCGGAGCCCUCCAUGCUCCCCCCGCGCAUUGCCUCCGAUGCAAGAGGCAACGCCACCAAGGCCUUGUUGGAGAACUUUGGCUUCGAGCUGGUGAUCCAGUAUAACGAAAAUAAGCAGAAGGUGCAGAAGAAGAGUGGGAAGGUGGAACCGGGGGACAGUUUGGAAAAGCUGGAGUGUGAAUCCUGCGGCAAAUUGUUCUCCAACAUCCUGAUCCUGAAGAGUCACCAAGAGCAUGUUCAUCAGAAUUACUUUCCCUUUAAGCAGCUGGAGAGGUUCGCCAAGCAGUACAGAGAGCACUACGAUAAACUCUAUCCCCUGAGGCCACAGACACCCGAACCCCCACCACCUCCACCUCCCCCACCACCCCCUCCUCCUCUGCCAGCGGCCCCUCCUCAGCCGGCUUCAACCCCUACCCUUCCCACACCAGCCCCCCCUAUCACCUCUCCCACAAUCGCACCAGCCCAGCCUUCCGUACCGCUCACCCAACUCUCUAUGCCAAUGGAGCUGCCCAUCUUCUCACCGCUCAUGAUGCAAACCAUGCCCCUGCAGACGUUGCCAGCCCAGCUGCCCCCUCAGCUCGGCCCCGUUGACCCUCUGCCCGCCGAUCUGGCCCAGCUCUAUCAACAUCAGCUCAAUCCCAGCCUGCUCCAGCAGCAAAACAAGAGGCCCCGGACCAGAAUCACGGACGACCAGCUCCGCGUUCUCCGGCAGUAUUUCGACAUCAACAACUCCCCCAGCGAAGAGCAGAUCAAAGAGAUGGCGGACAAGUCCGGAUUGCCCCAGAAAGUGAUCAAGCACUGGUUUAGAAAUACUUUGUUCAAGGAGCGACAGCGGAACAAAGACUCGCCCUACAACUUCAGCAAUCCACCCAUCACGAGCCUGGAAGAACUCAAGAUCGACUCGAGGCCGCCUUCUCCUGAACCUCAGAAGCAUGAGUACUGGGGAAGCAAGAGGUCCUCCAGGACGAGGUUCACCGACUACCAGCUGAGGGUCCUGCAGGACUUCUUCGAUGCCAAUGCUUACCCAAAGGACGAUGAGUUUGAACAGCUUUCCAAUUUACUGAACCUCCCCACCCGCGUCAUUGUCGUGUGGUUUCAGAACGCUCGACAGAAGGCCAGGAAAAACUACGAAAACCAGGGCGAGGGCAAAGACGGAGAAAGGCGUGAGCUGACCAAUGACAGGUAUAUCCGAACGAGCAAUUUAAACUACCAGUGCAAAAAAUGUAACUUAGUCUUUCAACGUAUUUUUGAUCUCAUUAAGCAUCAGAAAAAGCUGUGUUACAAAGACGAGGAUGAGGACGGGCAGGACGAUAGCCAGAACGAAGACUCCAUGGAUGCCUUGGAGCUGUUGACUCCAACUAGCUCUUCCUGCAGCACGCCGAUGCCCUCCCAGGCUUACAGCGCCCCAGCCUCCUCCGCCAAUGCCACAGCGUCUUCAACCUUUUUGCAGCUUACCACGGAGGCGGAUGAAUCCUCCACUUUUGGCUCGAAAAUGGAAGCUACCGAUGAGAAACCAAAGCAGCCUGAACCUCCAAGUUCACAACCAAACCAAACCCCAGAGAAGCAAGUUCAACCAAAGCACGAGUCACAGCAGCAGCAGCAGCCGCCGCCGCCGCAACAAGACCAGUUGGAACAGAAGACAAAUAUGGCCCCACAGAAGAACCCUCAGCUGUCCUCUCCUCCCGUAUUACAGCAGCCUCCCCAGCAGGUUCCUCCCCCGCAAUGUGCCCUUCCCCAGUCGAGUCCCAGCCCAUCCUCCCAGCUCUCUCAUCUAUCUCUCAAGCCCCUCCACACAUCCACACCCCAGCAGCUGGCAAACCUACCUCCUCAGCUCAUCCCCUACCAGUGUGACCAGUGCAAGCUGGCAUUCCCCUCCUUUGAACAUUGGCAAGAACAUCAGCAGCUUCACUUUUUAAGUGCGCAGAACCAGUUCAUCCACCCACAGUUUUUGGACAGGACUCUGGAUAUGCCUUUCAUGCUGUUUGACCCCAGUAACCCACUUCUGGCUAGUCAGCUGCUCUCGGGAGCCCUGCCCCAGGUCCCCGCGAGCUCUGCCACGUCUCCUUCAACUCCGACCUCCACGAUGAACACUCUGAAGAGGAAACUGGAGGAGAAGGCUAGCGCCAGCCCUGGGGAAAACGACAGCGGGACGGGAGGAGAAGAGCCUCAGAGAGAUAAGCGCUUAAGGACGACCAUUACCCCAGAACAGCUGGAGAUCCUCUACCAAAAGUACCUGCUGGAUUCCAACCCGACCCGGAAGAUGUUAGAUCACAUUGCCCAUGAGGUGGGCUUGAAAAAGCGCGUGGUGCAAGUUUGGUUUCAGAACACCCGAGCUCGGGAAAGGAAAGGGCAGUUUCGGGCAGUAGGUCCGGCUCAGGCCCACAGGCGGUGCCCUUUCUGUAGGGCGCUCUUCAAAGCCAAGACUGCCCUAGAGGCGCACAUCCGGUCCCGGCACUGGCACGAAGCCAAGAGAGCGGGCUACAACUUGACUCUGUCCGCGAUGCUGUUGGAUUGUGAUGGCGGGAUCCAGAUGAAAGGAGACAUUUUUGAUGGAAGCGGCUUUUCCCACCUGCCACCAAGCAGCAGCGACGGCCAGGGGGUCCCCCUCUCACCGGUGAGUAAAACCAUGGAGCUGUCCCCCAGAACUCUGCUUAGCCCUUCCUCCAUCAAAGUGGAAGGGAUAGAAGACUUUGAAAGUCCCUCCAUGUCCUCGGUUAAUCUAAACUUUGACCAGACCAAGCUGGACAAUGAUGACUGCUCCUCGGUCAACACGGCCAUCACAGAUACCACCACAGGAGACGAAGGCAAUGCAGAUAAUGAUAGCGCCACGGGAAUAGCAACUGAAACCAAAUCCUCCUCAGCGCCCAAUGAGGGGCUGACCAAAGCCGCCAUGAUGGCCAUGUCCGAAUACGAAGAUCGGUUGUCCUCCGGUCUGGUCAGCCCGGCUCCUAGCUUUUACAGCAAGGAGUAUGACAAUGAAGGUACAGUGGACUACAGUGAGACAUCCAGCCUGGCAGAUCCCUGCUCCCCCAGCCCUGGCGCCAGUGGGUCAGCAGGAAAGUCGGGAGAUAGUGGAGAUCGGCCAGGGCAGAAACGUUUUCGGACUCAAAUGACUAACCUUCAGUUGAAAGUCCUCAAGUCAUGCUUUAAUGACUAUAGGACGCCAACCAUGCUGGAGUGUGAGGUCCUGGGCAAUGACAUUGGACUGCCAAAGAGAGUUGUUCAGGUCUGGUUCCAGAAUGCCAGAGCAAAAGAAAAGAAGUCAAAGCUAAGCAUGGCCAAGCAUUUUGGUAUCAACCAAACGAGUUAUGAGGGACCCAAAACAGAGUGCACUUUGUGUGGCAUCAAGUACAGCGCUCGGCUGUCUGUACGUGACCAUAUCUUUUCUCAACAGCAUAUCUCCAAAGUUAAAGACACCAUCGGAAGCCAGUUGGACAAGGAGAAGGAGUACUUUGACCCAGCUACUGUACGUCAGUUGAUGGCUCAACAAGAGUUGGAUCGGAUCAAAAAGGCCAAUGAAGUUCUUGGACUGGCAGCUCAGCAACCAGGAAUGUUUGACAACCCUCCUCUUCAAGCUCUUAAUCUCCCCACAGCUUAUCCGGCAUUACAGGGCAUUCCCCCAGUGUUGCUCCCUGGCCUCAACAGCCCAUCUUUGCCAAGCUUCACUCCAUCCAACACAGCUUUAACUUCUCCCAAACCGAACCUGAUGGGUCUGCCUGGCACGACGGUCCCUUCACCUGGCCUUCCGACCUCUGGAUUACCAAAUAAACAGUCGUCGGCCUCGCUGAGCUCCCCGACCCCAGCACAAGCCACUAUGGCGAUGACCCCGCAACAGCCCCCCCAGCCCCAACAGCAGCAGCAGCAGCAGCCUCCGCCACCAACACCGCAGCAGCAGCAGCAGCAGCAGCAGCAGCCACCUGCACAGCCUCUGCAGCAGCAGCAGCAACAGCAACAACAACAGCAGCAGCAGCAGCAGCAGCAGCAGCAGCAGCAGCAGCAGCAGCAGCAGCAGCAGCAGCGGAAGGACAAGGAAGUAGAGAAAAUGAAAGAGAAAGAAAAGGCACAUAAAGGGAAAGGGGAGACCCUGGCGGGCCCCAAGAAGGACAAAGGAGAGGCCCCCGCAGCCACCCUCUCUGCCCCGUUACCCACCAUGGAGUAUGCGGUGGACCCGACCCAGCUGCAGGCCCUGCAGGCAGCCUUGACCUCGGACCCCACCGCUUUGCUCACCAGCCAGUUCCUUCCUUACUUCGUCCCUGGCUUCUCUCCUUACUAUGCCCCCCAGAUCCCGGGCGCCCUGCAGAGCGGCUACCUGCAGCCCAUGUACGGCAUGGAGGGCCUGUUCCCCUACAGCCCUGCGCUGUCACAGGCCUUGAUGGGGCUGUCCCCUGGCUCCCUGCUGCAGCAGUAUCAGCAAUACCAGCAGAGUCUGCAGGAGGCGCUGCAGCAGCAGCAGCAGCAAAGGCAGCUACAGCAGCAGCAGCAGCAGCAACAACAACAGCAACAACAGCAGCAGCAGCAGCAGCAGAAAGUACAACAGCAGCAGCAGCAGCAGCAGCCGCCGCCUCCGCCAGCCCCCCAGCAGCAGCCGCAGCCGCCCAAAACAAGCCAAACCCCAGUCCCCCCGGGGGCUGCUUCCCCGGACAAAGACCCUGCCAAAGAAUCCCCCAAACAAGAAGAGCAGAAAAGUGCACCCCGCGAGGUGUCCCCCCUCCUGCCGAAACCCCCAGAAGAGCCAGAAGCAGAAAGCAAAAGUGUGGACUCCCUCUCCGACCCCUUCAUUGUUCCAAAGGUGCAGUACAAGCUGGUCUGCCGCAAGUGCGGGGCAAGCUUCGGCGACGAGGAGGCGGCCACGAGCCACCUGAAGUCCCUCUGCUUCUUGGGCCAGGCAGCGGCGAGCCUGCAGGAGAUGGUGCUCCACGUGCCCACAGGCGGCGGCGGGGGCGGCGGCGGCAGCGUCGGGGGGUCCAGCGGCGGGGGCAGCGGGGGCCCCUACCACUGCCUGGCCUGCGAGAGCACCCUCUGCGGGGACGAGGCGCUGAGUCAACAUCUCGAGUCGACCUUGCACAAACACAGAACAAUCACGAGAGCAGCAAGAAACGCCAAAGAGCACCCUAGUUUAUUACCUCACUCUGCCUGCUUCCCCGGUCCUAGCACCGCAUCUACCUCGCAGUCUGCCGCUCACUCAAACGACAGCCCCCCGCCCCCCUCUUCCUCUUCCUCCUCCUCCUCUUCCUCUUCUUCCUCCUCUUCUUCCUCUUCCUCCUCCGCUUCCCCCCACGCCUCCUCCAGAAAGUCUUGGCCUCCAGGGGUCCCUCGGGCUUCGGUUGGGAAGCCUGCUUCUUUUCCUCCUCUCUCCUCAUCUUCAACGGUUACCUCAAGUUCAUGCAGCACCUCAGGGGUUCAGCCCUCGAUGCCAACAGACGACUAUUCGGAGGAGUCUGACACGGAUCUUAGCCAAAAGUCCGAGGGGCCAGCCAGCCCGGCCGAGGGGCCCCCGGCCCCCAGCUGCCCCCCCCAGGACCCUGGUCUAGCUAGUGUAGGAAUGGACCCCUUCAGAUUGUAAGCUUUGAAGAUGAACAAUUUAAAACACACACACACACAAACACACACACACAAAUGAAUUUAAAUAAAAAAAUUAAUAACAAACCAAUUUCAAAAAUAGACUAACUGCAAUUCCAAAGCUUCUAACCAAAAAAAAAAAAAGAAAAAAAGAAAAAAAAAAGAAAAAGAGUGGGUUGUUUUCCCAUAUAACUAUCUAUGCCGGUGAUUUUACAUUCUUACCUUUUUUUUUCUUUUACUAUAAAAUACCAACUGUUACAUUUUGUCCUUUUGAAGGUACUAUUGGUCUGGGAGACAGAAGUCCAUAGGGCCUCCUCAUUGUCUUUGGAGCUUACACCCCCUUGUAUAUUGCCCCUUUUCAAUAACGCCCCAAUUGAUAGCACAGCAGAGUCCGGCAUGCACUGUAUGGGAAAGCAGUCCACCUUGUUACAGUUUUAAAUUUCUUGCUAUCUUAGCAUUCAGAUACCAAUGGCUUGCUAAAAGAAAAAAGAAAUGUAAUGUCUUUUUAUUCUCAGGUCAAUCGCUCACACUUUGUUCUGUUUUCAGAAUCAUUGUUUUAUAUAUAUAUAUACAUAUAAAUAUAUAUAUUUUCUUUUUUUUGUUCCAGAAAAGAUUUUUUUGUUUGUUAAUUUAAAAAUGGGCAGAAAGUAUUCGAGAAAAAAAAACAAUGUGAACUGCUUUAGCUUUCUGGGGAUUUUAAGGAUAGCUUUUCUGCUGAAGCCAAUUUCAAGGGGAAAAGUUAAGCACUCCCACUUUUCAGAAAAAAAAAAUAAACACACAAAGAGUGUUGAGGACUUGUAGCUAAAAAAAAUAAGUUUUAAAAAAACUGACUUUCUGUAUUUAUGAUAGAUAUGACCAUUUUUGGUGUUGAGUAGAUUGUUGCAUUGGAAAUGAACUGAAGCAGUAUGGUAGAUUUAAAAGAAAAAAAAAAAACCUUUUGUGUACAUUUAGCUUUUGUAUGGUCCAGCUGACAGCUCCUCAUUUGAUGUUGUCUUGUUCAUUCCUAGCAGAUAGAUUGCAAUCCGUUGAUUCGCCGAAGCUUUUCUCCCCUUUGUCCCUUUAUUCCCCCAUCCCCCAUCCUGUAAUCUUCCACUUAAGGUGGCUGCCUUCAUUUCUUAGAGGGUGGCUGCAUAAUUAUUUUAUAAAAACUAAAGAAAGAAGUUCAAAGGGUUUUUGGGGUCACUAGGAUCCUCCACAGAAUAUUUUUGGUUGGGGAGUUGAAACUUUUUAAGGCGUAUACAUCCUAGUUACCUAUGUCUGUUACCUUCGUGCACUUAUCUUUUAUUUUUCUUUCCUCUGUUUUUUUUUCUUCCUUGCCUUCUUCCUUUCCUUAUUUGGUAGAUGCUUCAAAGAUUCUUUUCCUAAAACAAAAGCAUUUAUUUCUGUUUAUGUAAUUGGGCUGCGCACUUUUUUUUUUCCAAACAAAUUUUUGGUUAGGGGUUUGUUUUGGUUUUGGUUUGUUUAGGGUUUUUUUUUUCCUCUCAGAAAAAAAAAAGAAAUUUCAUGCUUUAAAUAAAAUCCAAAGACACACCCUUUCACUGCUGGUGCAGGAAGAGGGGGAAAGGGUUCUUGUUACUUGAGAAUUUGUUUCUGAAUUAAACAAAACAAGACUAAGUUUAAAUAAAGGAGAAAAAAAAGAGAAAAAGAUUUCCCAGGUUGUUAUCUGUGCUUCUUCUGCAAGCAGAGAGGCAGCUGUUAAUGACGAUUCCACAUACCAAAAGACACGUUUUUACUUCAGAGUUUUGUCCUUGUGUUAGGCAGUCUGAGCGGUGAAUGAUCCAGAGGGGCAGCCAACCAAGAAUCAGAUAGCAGUGUACAGAAAAACCAAACCCAACAGACAAACAAAAAGGAACCGGACAUGAGGCACUUGUGUUUGUUCAUCUCUGUAUUCCUGUAACACACAACACAACACAAUGCAACACACCCUUUCUCAUCUUUAAAGGUCUGGACUUUGAAAGGAAAACUUUGUGCUGCUAAAAAAAAAAAUGUAGAUUUCGGAGACAAAUAAAUGCUUUGCUGUUUCACUUUCGUAGCCAAAAGUCAACAGAAACAAUCUCCCCCUCCCGACCCCUUUGCCCCAAAGUGUGACAUCCUUUUCCUCCCCCACCCCCAUCCCCACCUCCCUUUUCUUUCUACUCCUUAAGUUUCAAAAGGGAACUUUGAAGACUGUGAACCAGGUUCCAUUGGUCUGUCACCUUUCGGGCUGCUUUCCCCAGUGCUGAAGCCACUCAUUCAUCGGCUUUGCAAAAGACUGGAGCAUUCCACGAUAGGAAAAUGGAUUUCAUUUUUUUUUUAGCCGGGACUGUUUUAUUUUUAUGAGUUUUUGUUUUUAGUUUCAUGAAAGAGCAGAUCCUGAACUGUUGUACAUAUUUCUAACUAGGCUGAUGCACAGUGCAAAUUCCUUUUUUUAAUUGUUUUUUUAAGUAGAAAAUACUAAAGAGUACCAUCUAAAUAUUCAUACCAGUAUCCAGUUGUAGCAUAAGGUGUCAAAAACAAGUACACAAACCAUUUGCUGUUUUAACAAGCUGUUUUCUUUUAACAAAAAUUCUUGUAUUUCUCCCUGUGUUUGAGAUGAACAUUUUUUAAAUUCUAAAGUUGUACAGUUUUUUGUUUUCCAUUAUUUUAUCUUGUUUGUAAUUCUAUGAAAUAUAUAUAUAUAUUUUUUGCCAUUUAACUGUUGUAUGUUACUCUGUGUCUGUAUCAUAUAGAAUUUUUUUGUUUGUUUUUGGUUCUCUAUGUGAUACCAAUUAACAAUUUAACACUAGCUUUAUCUGUCAAAUUCUGCUAGGUCUCUUCUGAAACUUUUUUUUAAAUGAUAUUGCUUGGUAAUAGUGCAAUUUCUACCCUCCCCUCCUUCCCCCACAUGUUAAUUCAUUUCCUUGAAUUUUUUCCAUCCCUCAGGAUUUGGAAGAUGGGGUGUUUGGGAGUUCUUACUCUAUUACACCCCCACAAAAAAAAAUACUACCUCCUCUCUCUCUCUGGCAGAUCGGAUGCUAUUGGAUGAUGUUAGGGCCCAGUACACAGGGACCACCAGGUGCUUUGCCUGGUUUCCCCUGACCUACGGGAAUUUUGGCAAGCAGCAAGUCAUUGGGGUUGGGGAAGCCUUAACUUCCAUCUAAUUGUUCUUUCCCAGAUGUUAGUGACUAGCCAAACCUCUUUCAACCCAGAGUAGGAUGCACAGAGUAAAUGAUCUCUCUUCAGUCCCAAGUUGGCACAUUUGCAUCCAUUAAGAAUUCUCUGCUUGGAAGGCAGCCCCAGGAAUAGCAGAAUAGCGAUGGUUAGAGAGUGAGGUUCAAGCAAACUAAUAUGCUUCUCCCCAAGGUGGCUGAGUGAUCAGUGUGAUUUUUUUUAAGCAGGCAAAUUCUUGUCCAAAUUCAUUUUCAAAUAGACGAAUACCUUGAUUCCAGUUUAGAGUAGUUUCCAUCUGGGAAUUAGGCCUGUCUGUUGCCUGGUAGAAGGAUGAGAGUUAUUCAGCACCACCACCCCCUUCCAUGUUUUGUUUUGUUUUUUAAUCCUUUACAAAACGUGGUUUCCAUCUCAUUCACCCCAGCUAGAAGAGUGAUGAGGCUGGAUUUGGCUACGACUCUUUUGUCAUAGCACCAAAUGAAUCCACAAAAGUUCCCCUUCUUUUUUCCUUCCACCCCUUGAAAAAAGGUGGGAGAAGAUAGCCUUCCAUCUCCCAUGUCCCCUCCCCAGGCACACACCCCUAACCCCUCACAAUACAAGGAAAAGAUUUAAAACACUUAGCAGGUUUUUCAUUUGUUUUUAAAUUAAAAACUAUUUAAAGAGAUGAAUGUGGCCAAAGUUUUACAGAAUUGAAAAUAAAGUAAAACAGUUGGCAUGUGUUAAAGAAACCUGAGUUUUUCAGGCAUGUCAGGAAGAUGCAGGAAAGAGAGAGGCAGUAACCCAAGCCAGUGCACUUGAUGUUCAUGGACAUAUAUUUUUUUUUAAAUAAUAAAUUAAAUUAAAGCAUUUUAAAUAGAAGCAGAAAUUGAGUUGGUUGGUUGGUUUGUUGGCGCUGAGAUACUGCCCACUGUGAAACACAAAGCUUUGACUAGUUUUUUUGUUUACUUUCUUUUGGGGGGAGGGGGGAGUUUGGGUAGGACAGAAAACGUAAAUAAACGUUACCCUGAGGUGAAGAGGUAUAUGAACAGCCUUUGCAAUGUACAAAAAAAUAGAGCAAAUGAAACCAAAAAAUGAUGUUCUUGGUGUUUUUCUAUAAUGUAGUCUUGUUAGCUUUUUUUGUUACUGUAACAAUGCUGAUCUCGAACUGUACCAAAAUACAUGGAGACUAACAGAAACAGAAACCACAUGGAACUUUCAAAACUUAAAAAAAAAAAUUUGUCACAAAAAAACUUUGUUGUCAUAGUUAAGUUGAUUGUAGAUGGUAAUUGAAUAUACUCCUUUGAAAAUAUUUCAUCAAGUAUGUUUCCUGCUCAUUGUGAUACAUUAAAAAAAAAAUAUGAGCAAAAA